AUGGUAGGACCUCCUGACACGAGGAGACGAGAUAGGUGGUGUGAAUAUCACAAAGACCACAGUCAUGAUACCGACAGUUGUUAUGUGUUGAAGGACCACCUUGAGGAGUUGGUACAAGACGGUCGGCUUAUGCAACACAUCCGAAAGAACAAUUCAACAAAAACAGCAGCUUUACGGCAGGAUUCACCUCUACUCGGCGUAAUUCAUAUGAUAUACAGCUUGCCGAUGGCACCCGCGGUACAUACAAUUCAGCUGCAAUCUAACCCCCAAAAGCAAAUCACACCAACGAAACAGUCCCAUGAAGCAGCGAGUAGUAGUUUCGAUGAUUCUGAUUUGGUCGGCAUAAUGCUCCCCCACAUUGAUCCCUUAGUCAUUGAAUUACGCAUAAACCAAUUCACCAUUGAACAUGUUCUCAUUGACCAGGGAAGUACUUCGGAAGUAAUGUACUACAAGACCGUCAUUAAACUCGGCUUCACUAAGUCAGAUCUGUCUCCCGCUGAUUACCCGUUAUUCGGCUUCAACGCUAAUCUGGAAUAUCCUUUGGGCAAAAUCACACUACCAGUUCGGGUGGGCUCCCGAUCAGUGGAUGUAGAAUUUUUGGUUAUCAAGCUUCAUUCGCCGUAUAAUCUCAUCAUGGGAUGA